UGAAAUCGACAGUCACUCACUUUCAGGAAAUGAAACAUCAUCUCGCUGAGUCGUUCGGGAGUUCGCAAGGCGUGGCCUCUCUGUUGCAUGCUGCAAUUUUCUCGCGCGAGAUUUAGGCAAUCCCGAUGAUCGACUGUUGCAUUCCUGUGUCUGGAUCUUUCUGAGGCGCAGUCAGUUCCUAUUCUCAUGCAUCUCUCCAAUCUGUUUCCAGAUUGUCUUAAAAGGCACGAACUGAACUGAAGUCGGACCCAUAGGCCUGCGAGAGGAGUGUCCCGUUCAAAAGAGCGCCGGAAAACAAGUGACUCGUAUCCUUUUUGCUGGUCGUUUUCACGCACAGGAAAAUGAAUUUUUAACUUGGUAGUAGCUUCUUGUUUCUUCGACUUGUCUCGCCACAACCUGCGAGUGCUGGAUCCAGAGGUGCAGCGAGGCAGAGCAGCUACCGGUUGGACGUCGACGGAGUACAAUGUGCGUGGAGGCUCGCAUGCUUGGACUUCUUUCGCGGUUUCCGGUUCCUUCUUUAAUCUAUUCGUCCGUAUACUCGGUGCCUUCCGACCAGUUUUCCGAGGAACUCUAAAAUGGCAGUCUGUGUAGCACGUUUGCACCUCAGUUGUUGACGUCUCUCGGACUUUCUCCGCACCCAGCGCUCCGGUUCGAGCGCCGAGUUGCAGCUCCCGUGUCCGAAGCAGUUCCCUCUUCGCUGGAAAAUCGGCUUCUUGGACAAGGCACCUUCUGCAGACUGGCGUCACCGUGAGGAACAGGCGCAAGAGCGGGGGUUGCCUGUGGGGUUAGAAUCUGGAGGCAGCGCGUGGAAGCUUCGUACCAAGAGAACGAUGCGAAGAUAGGGUGUCUGCAGAAGCCGGAGACGCGAAGACAGAACGAACUUCUUCGCUGCCACACGGCCUUUCACAGGAUGGCUAGCCGCGGCUCUGCCCAUCUCUCCCAAACGCAGCAGAGUUUGCUGGACACGUUCCAGUCGGUCACAGGCUGCACGGACCGGGCGGGGGCCACCGAGUUUUUGCGGAAACACAGCUUCGACCUGAGUCGCGCUUUAGACACGUAUUUCGCGAUGCCACAGCGCGAGAAGGCAGUGCAGAUGAGAAGCGCACCCAGCCAGUCACUGCGCGGAACCCUCGGCGGAUCCGGUUCCUCGUACGGCGCUUCUUCGCGCGGCAGAGCUGCAGCGAAAGCGAAGGCCGACGACCGGUACCGGCAAAUCGCCGAAGCCUUUCAGGUGUACGUCCACCCAACCAGCGAGGCGAGCGAGCGCGGGGCUGCCGCGGGAACCGCGAUUGAAGUUGCGGGUUUGGAGCGUUUCGCGGAAGAUCUCGGGGUCGGCUUGGACGAUGUGUUUUUCCUCGUCUUUGCGUUCUUCUGUGAGUGUGCGGAGCAGGGGAGAAUCACGAAGGAAGAAUUUAUCCGUGGCAUGGACCGGUCGGGCGUCUGCACAGUGGCCGCUCUCCGGGAAGCUGUGCCGCGAAUUCGAGCGCAGCUCGCGGAAGACAAAGUGCUCGCCAGGCAAGUGUACGCUUACGCCUUCACUUACUCUCUAGAUGUCGGCCAAAAGGCGCUGCCGGUCGACCUCUGCGUCGCGUACUGGCGCCUGCUGCUGAGCGAAACUGAGUUCCCCCUCAUGACGGAGUGGUACACAUUCGUCGACGAGGAGUACCGGAAGCGCGCGAAUGCCUUCUCGAAAGACCCGUGGAUAAUGCUCUUCGACUUCAUGCAUGCGAAAAGAGCUUCCCUGUCUCUCGACGACUACGACGAAGAGGAGGCCUGGCCGCUUGUCAUCGAUGAGUUUGUCGAGUGGACAAGGCGCCGUCGGAAAGCCAAGGAAAACGAGGCGGCGACAGAGGCCGGGAGCGCACAGUCGUAGUGGGCUUGGGGGGGGGGAGGGGGGGAGAGUUUUAGCUGCGCGUCAGAGUCGGGUGUCGCACAACGUGAUAUGUAUGCAGGGCUCUCGUGCUAUAGUGCUGAAGAGAAGUAUGGAGGUAUCUCGCGGAUCCAAAGGAAGUACAUUGGUAUGGUGACUUAGAGACAGUGUUGGAUUACCGGACACAACGAGGAAGUUAGAACCUCCACGUUCGACGAGCUGUAUCUGAGUGGAUGGAUUUCUCUCUGCGGAACCUAGCUGUCGUGCACUGGUGGCUCGUGGAGCAGGUGAAUCAAUGCCGAUCGCCCGGAACACAAGGGCGGUAUUCCCACCUUCGAUAGUACCGCUUUUCGAGAGAAGCAGGGGUAGAGCGUCGCAGAGGAACGAGAGCACCCGCUCGCUUCAGACGAAGAAAACACGGAGAACGGUGUUGGUGAACUUCCAGGAUUUAUCCACCGGGGUGACACUUUUGAACGCUGUCAGAUGCACAAGAUGCUUCUGAAGUAGAGCCACACGCUUGAGUCACGGGGCAGGUUCGGUCCCCAAGGCUCAUUUUCGUGCUUUUCUGAGACUUACUCAAAAUGACAUUCGAGUCAGGACACAAACUCGACUACCCCUUUCACGGGCAUAGCUACAGGUGAAACACCAAGGAAGACGAAGUUCGGCCUUGCGGGGAAGACCCAGUAAAUUUCGCGAGUAAAACAUCCCCUACCAGGAAGCUGCACCGUUAGGUGUCAUGUCCUCGCUUGUUAAAGACGGAUGCUGCAUGUCGAGCACCCUUAAUUGGAUGAGUUCUUGUGAACGACUUUGGGUUCUCGCACUGCGUCCAUGUUAGCCAACAUAUGCGUUGUUUAUCAGACCUUUCACCUCCAACGAAUCUCUAUCGACUUGCUAACAGAUACCACUGACUUGCAGGAAGACUUUCUCACGCCACCUCAACGU